AAACCCGUCAGUUGCCAGCCUGCCACACCAGCUGCCGCCAUGCUGACCGCCGAGGACAAGAAGCUCAUCACGCAGUUGUGGGAGAAGGUGGCUGGCCACCAGGAGGAAUUCGGAAGUGAAGCUCUGCAGAGGAUGUUCCUCGCCUACCCCCAGACCAAGACCUACUUCCCCCACUUCGACCUGCAUCCCGGCUCUGAACAGGUCCGUGGCCACGGCAAGAAAGUGGCGGCUGCCCUGGGCAAUGCCGUGAAGAGCCUGGACAACCUCAGCCAGGCCCUGUCUGAGCUCAGCAACCUGCACGCCUACAACCUGCGUGUUGACCCCGUCAACUUCAAGCUGCUGGCGCAGUGCUUCCAGGUGGUGCUGGCCGCACACCUGGGCAAAGACUACAGCCCCGAGAUGCAUGCUGCCUUUGACAAGUUCAUGUCCGCCGUGGCUGCCGUGCUGGCUGAAAAGUACAGAUGAGCCACUGCCUGCACCCUUGCACCUUCAAUAAAGACACCAUUACCAC